CGCACUCCGCUGGCGGAUUUGGACAAAGGACACACAGGAGUUCAGGACACACAGAAACACACUCACACACAACCACCCAUCGUUAUGGGGCGGCCAAAAUCCGGCAAAGGCUUUGGGCCACCUGCCACCAGUUCAUUAAUGAUCUAUGCAUUAAUGUGGCUCACGCUGGCCAUGACAAUGGAGGCCAUAGAUGCGCCACUGCCCCUUGCAGAGUACCCGCUCGGCCUGCCGCUGGAACAUGGCAGCAAACACCAUUACCAGGAUGCGGGUGUGGAAUCGUUGCCGGGAUUAACAGGAUAUACGCGAAAUUAUUAUGGCCCCACUGACACCGCUGCCGGCGAUGACUUGGCAACAUAUGGAAAUUAUGCUCACAAACUCCUGGCCACCCAACAGCACCACCAUCCGCACCAAUCCUCCCUUGGCACCACGGCCAAUGGCUUUGUGCCCUUCUACUACAACAGCCAACUGCAGCUGCAGCCGCAGCAGACAUUCACGGCGGAUGAGGAGCCACAUCGCGACCCAUCGGCCAAUAUCGAUUUUGUCAUUAAUACGGCAAAUUAUGAGCCAAAUUCCGCUGGCUACGCGGCGCAGCACUACGAGAGCUAUGCAUAUCGGCCGCGGGUGCAGUUUGCCACAUCGCCACCCGGUCCCAGUCAUUACCAUUUUGAACAAAUUUCCAAUUACCGGGAGAAUCGCGAGAACCGGGAAAAUCGGGAGAACCACCAGCGGGAGCAGGAGGUGGAGCAACAGCAGCAACAGCAACAGGAGCAGGAGCUAAAUUCCAGUGUCUAUGCGCGGCUCAAAGAGCUGCAAACACUGGCCAAUCCAGUGAAGCGUCAGCAGGAGGAGUCCUUAUCGAGUCACCAGCCAAAUCGGGAGCGCAACCAGCCACUGGAGCAGCGACAACAUCCGCAACUUGAAGGCAGACAGCUGCAACAUGUGCCACAUCAACAGCCACACUUGCAACACUCACAUCUGCAAGGGAAGCAGCAACAUCCACAACAAUAUCACCUCGAUCAACGGCAACAACAGCGCCUGGGAAUUGCCCAGGAUCAGCAACUCCUCUACUCGCACAAGGAUAGCCAGAUUGCAGAUCUGCCGGCCAUCACCACAAGUGUGCGCCACACUCCGGAGAGCAGCAAAGCGGUGGCCGGAGUGCCGCUGUCCAAGCACAUCGAGAUCACCAAGAGUGUGCCCAUCACCCACUACCAGAAGCAGCAUGUGCCCUUCAAGCAGAACGUCCAGGUGCAAGUGCCACGCACCGUCAUCGCAGCCAUACCCAAGCCCAUGCCCAUCAAAAUACCAGUGGCCCAAGCGGUCGCUGUGCCCCAAAUGCAGGAGGUGAAGAUUCCCAUCGAACGGGUGAAGCCGGUGCCCGUGGAGCGACCCAUUCCCUUUGUGGUGGAGCGCAGGGUUCCCUAUCGAGUGGAGAAGCCGGUGGUCUCGCCAGUUUAUUAUCCGUAUCCGGUCAAAGUGCCAGUGGUGCGCACGGUGGUGCACAAGCAGCGACCCCACUACGUGGCACCUGGUUGGAGUGCCACCGGCAAUCACCUGCUGGGUUGA